GCUCAUGUUAUUCAGUUAGUUUGCGCAACAAUCACCUUUGUGUGGAGAACUCAAUGAGACAUCAUUUCCCAAUUUGUUACGAGGUUUCACCUUUUGCUUAUUUUCACUAUCUCUCGAAAAUGUUACUCUUACAUUAUUUGUUCGACUCUCUGAAGGAUAUAACCUUCAUGAAAUGCGAUCACACGAUGCUUUACUGUUUGCAAAUUUAUAGGUACUGUUGUCCAAUAUGUUCCAAGUCGAUCAUGGACAUGACGGGGACUUGGAAGAGAAUAGAUGAAGAGGUGUGGAUUCUUUGCAACGACUGCAAUGAUACUACAAAAGUUUAUUUCCACAUAGUUGGUCAGAAAUGCAGUCAUUGUGGAUCGUAUAAUACUCGGACUAUUGCUCUUCCUGUUCUUCCUCAA